AUGGGAGAGGCUUUGCAGGAGCACAGAGAAGCCUCCCUGCUGCCCAGGACCUGCUGCAGCCACCAGGGAAUCCCCAGCAGCCACGCUGAGUUGGCUGGGUGCAAGAAGACCCUCACCACCACCAUGCCGGCAGCCAGCGUCGCCCAGGCUUUCUUUUGCCUCCUGCUGUGCGUCCCCUGGGGCAGCUCCUGCCCCCCCAGCUGCCAAUGCACAGAGCGGGCAGGGGCCAAGGCUGUCGUCUGCAGCUCCCGGCACUUGGAGGAGAUUCCCAAGGACAUCCCCAAGGACGCAGUGUUCCUCAAGCUGGACGCUAACAGCAUCACCAGGAUCCCCAGUGAUGCCUUCAAGCACCUCUCCCACCUGGAAGAACUCGAUCUCUCCAGGAAUGCCAUCGAGAAGAUCGACCAGGCAGCUUUCAAAGGGGUAGCUGCUGGGCUGCGUACCCUCGACCUCUCUGGCAACCGCAUCCGCAGCAUUCCCAAGGAGGCCUUGCUGGCACUCAACGCCAAGCUGCGGCUAGCCAACAACCCCUGGCACUGCGAGUGCGCCCUGCAGGAGGUGUUGUGGGAGGCACGGCUGGACCCUGACUCUGUGCAGGACAUCACCUGCCACACGGCCCCGCGCCAGGAGUACGUGGGCAAGUCGCUGCUGCAGGUGCUGGACGCCGGUGUCAACUUCUGCAGCGUGCAUCGGAGGACCACGGACGUGGCCAUGUUCAUCGCCAUGUUCGGCUGGUUCGCCAUGGUCAUCGUUUACGUGGUCUGCUACGUCCGCCACAACCGGGAGGACACCUGCAAGCACCUGGAGUACCUGAAGCCGCUGCCAAGCGCCCAGGGCCAUGCAGAGACCACCAGCACUGCUCUGUAG